AUGCCUGUGUGCAAAUCUUGUGACCGUUCUUUUGUGACCAGAAGUGCUCUCCGUAUGCACAGCGAGUCGAAGCACGGGUUUGAGUGCACUCACUGCGACCGUGUGUUCAAGACUUCAGACGGAAGAGACUCGCAUGAUAGAACGAAGCAUUGCUUUUCUUGCGGCAUUUGCGAUCGACAAUUUAACUCUGAAGAAGCCUUGGACAAACAUACGGAGGCUAAGCAUUGCUUCCCUUGCGGCAUCUGCAACCGACAAUUUAGCUCCGAAGAAGCCUUGGAUCAACAUAGGGAUGCUAAGCAUUGCUUCCCUUGCAGCAUUUGCGAUCGACAAUUUAGCUCUGAAGAAGCCUUGGAUCAACAUACGGAGGCUAAGCAUUGCUUCCCUUGCGGCAUUUGCGAUCGACAAUUUAGCUGA